CGCGCUUUGACUCCUAGCGCAGCCCGUCGCUGGGAGCCGCGGCGGGAAAGUCCGACUGGGACGUGUGUCUUCCAGCGCUUGCCAAGGGAGGCCGGCCGUGAUGGAGGAGGAGCAGGAGGCCGAGGAGCAGGAGCGAUUCUCUUCGCAGCAGAGACUAAAGGCCGCGGUGCACUACACGGUCGGUUGUCUGUGCCAGGAAGUUGCGGCAGACAAAGAGAUGCAGUUCAGCAAGCAAACCAUCGCUGCGAUUUCGGAGAUCACCUUCCGGCAGUGCGAAAAUUUCGCCAGAGACCUUGAAUUGUUCGCCAGACACGCGAAAAGAAGCACGAUUAACACGGAAGACGUGAAGCUCUUAGCCAGGCGGAGUAAUUCACUGUUCGGAGAGCGUCUUGACCAAGCCCCCAUCUGCCAGAAGCAGACACGUGCCACCCAGGGGCACCGUGAUCAUCGCAGCUUAGUGGCAGUGUGAUGACAGAACAGUGUCCCACUAGCAGUGAGGGCACCCAUGGCCCUCCCUAUAAUGUGGUCUCCACCACGCCCGGGCCUUCUGCUUGUUUUUUCCUGGUGCUGGGACUGAGCCCCGGCCUUCACUGAGUGCACCCCCAGCCUUUUUAGUUUUGAGGCAGAGCCUUGUUAGGUUCCUAACUUGCCCUGGAUGGGCCUGAAUUUACAGUCAUCCUGCCUCAGCCUCCCAGAUGCGAAUGACAGACCUGCACCACCACACCCGGCUCAAAUUUCUCAUCUUUGAAGUCUUGUGAUUACUCAAGGAACUAUCACACUAAGCGUAGUGGUUGGAGGCUUUGUGGAUAGGGAGGUUGUUUUUAUAGCUGAUUCCUUUGUCCAGAAGAUAUUUUGAAGGCGCAUCUAACUCAGAGAACUGUAACCCAGGCUUUUCCAUCCAAAUUCUUUAGGUGGGAGCGGUUGGGGAGCGGGUAGUUAGUAUUUCCAGGCUUAUAAAAUGGUUCAUGACCUCACUGAGUGUUGUUUG